AUUGCUCAUAAGAAAGAUCCAGAGAGUUUGUAUGAUGAUCCUCAGUUAUAUCCACAGAUGUUCCCUUGGCUCUUUCCAUAUUGUCUAGGUGGCCUUGGCAAUAACAGAAGUCAGCAAGCUGUAUCUGAGACAUUGCAUAAGAAGUAUUUACUUAUGUACCAUGAUAAGAGAUUUCAAAUGAAUUCAUACUUUCCUUUGAUUGCCUUCAAUUAUGAGCAGAUUAAGAAGGCUACUACUAGAGGUUUUCUGCUGGCUAACAAGGAUAACUUUGACCAGAUCUCUACUCGUCUACUCAACACUAAGGACUCUGUGCUUACA